AUGAUUGAUGUGAAAGAGUAUCUUCUUUAUAUCAACCAAGAUUCCAAGAAUACUCUCCAAGCUGCGGUUUCUCACGAUGCACAAUUCCUUAAGGAGGUCAAUAUCAUGGACAUGGACUAUUCCUUGCUUGUUGGGCUGGACAAAACUAGGCAUGAGCUAGUGUGUGGUAUUAUAGACUACAUAUGUGCUUACAACGCUAAAAAGAAGAUGGAGUGGCUUGUCAAAGCCCUGUUGAUGAAAUGUUCAUGUACGAACCAAGAGCCUACCGUGUUGAACCCACCAACAUAUAUGAGGAGGAGUGAUGGUUUCUACGAGGAAAUGGAGAUGCAAUUGAGGCACAUGAAUGGAAAUGUGUUCGUACAAUCAAUGAUGUCUUCCUUGACAAGCAGCAAAUACGCUGAGGCAAAGACAUGCGUCUUCUGGGACAUUGAGGAUUGCCCAAUCCCAGAUGGUCUGGAUCCGGAAAUGGUUGCCAAGAACAUCAAAUCAGCUCUUGCGAAAAGGGGUUAUCUUGGUGAGCUCACAAUAUGGGUUUAUGGUGACAAGUAUCAGAUCCAAGAUUACUAUCAAUCCGCCGGAAUCGAACUCCAUUGCGAAGGAAGCAAAUACGAGAGAUUUAGAAUGAUGCAUACGGAAUUUUACAGAUGGCUAAUGAGUCAUGAUGCACAUCAAGUGACAAAUAUGAUGGUGAUAUCAGGAGAUAACUCCGAAUUCGCGUCUUGUCUCCAACGUUGUAAAGAGACAGAUCAGAACAUUCUCAUGGCACAGCCUGAAGACGCACCGAGAAGAUGUUGCGGUUGCAGCGUGUCGGAAGCAGUUGUCACCGAUGAGUGGAUUUGGGAUAGCCUAGCAGCUGGAGGAGACCCUAUCACUAUCACCAGAGCUCUGUAG